UUAAUGGUAUUUUCCGAUUCUUUGGUAUAUUUUUGGUUUGGUAGCCCUCGUUUACGAUCAGCUGACGCUGUCCGGCAACCCUGAACUUUUACACAACAUAAACAUUCGCCAAAAAAUAAGAAAGAAAUCAGAAGCGAGCGGCUGGAGAUGAUCUGACCGAGGCCGGAUGUGGACCAGACAUAGCCAUCGAAGCCACCAACACCACGAUGAAGGUCCUUAGGCGCCUGGGCAGCCUUAUGCGCUACACCGUCGCCUAUGCGGCAAUAACCCACUGCACAUUCGAGUACAUAGGCGAUUUUGUCCUGUGCAAGGGACCCUCAAUGGAGCCCACACUCUUCUCCGACAAUGUUCUGGUCACCGAGCGGCUGUCGAAGUUCUGGCGCGGCUACCAGCCCGGCGAUAUUGUGAUCGCCAUUUCGCCCAUCAACGCCAGCCAGUACAUCUGCAAGCGCAUCGUGGCCGUGGCCGGCGACCAGGUGCUCACCCAGAAGCCAAAUCCCAUUGAGACCGAGUACAGUGUGGAUAAGAACAAACCGAAGCCGAUCAUGAUAAAGGACUAUGUGCCGCGUGGCUGCGUCUGGAUCGAAGGCGACAACAAGGCGAACAGCUCGGACUCGCGUUACUACGGACCCAUUCCGGUUGGCCUCAUCCGGAGCCGGGUUGUUUGCCGCAUAUGGCCGCUAAAUGAACUUUCUAACCUCUAGCGGCGCUCAUCGUUCGGAAAACAUAAACUGCCUUGAGGGGAUUCACAAAAGUGUGUCCUGGUCAUCUAUUUUUUUUUUUGUUUGGCAACUGUGUACGUCUGCUUUUUUAUAGAAUUAUUUGAUCUGAUUUCGAUGUUUAUCUUUCGGCUGGAACUGCAUUAAGAAAAUUAAAAUAUAGUGUCAGCUGCGUUAUUCCCAAUAAAUAUUUAUUUUUAUCGUGAA